AUGGACCGGUUGAUAAGUUUGGAGCCAUCUAAUGUGGUUGCAAUACGACUCGAACCAGGUGAAAAAUGCUACGGGAAGCUAACUUUAAGAAAUGUUAUGCACACCAUGCCAGUGGCUUUUAGGCUACAACCCGUGAACAAGGUGCGUUACACGGUUAAACCACAAACCGGGAUCAUAUCUCCAUUGACUACAGUCGCUGUGGAAAUUACUUAUGAUUUCCCACCGAAUUCAAACCUCCCGGAAUCAUACCCAUAUUGUGAUGACUCGUUUUUGUUACAUAGUGUGGUGGUUCCCGGUGCAUCGGUUAAGACCACUUCUAUGAACGAUUUGGUCCCGAGUGAUUGGUUUACAACACGAAAGAAACAAGUGUUUGUUGAUAGCGGUAUCAAGGUCAUGUUUUGUGGCUCAAUGGUCUUAACUAAGCUAGUUGCUAGUGGUUCCAUAGAUGAAAUAAGGGAUGUAUUGGAAAAAAGUGAUCCAACGUGGAAGGCAGUUGACUCUGUUGACUCGGACGGUCAACCUUUACUUCAUUUAGCAAUUGGUCAAAGGCGAGCCGAUUUGGUUCAGGUCCUCCUAGAGUUUAAGCCUGAUAUAGAAGUUCGGUCUGCACGGUCCACUAAGACUAGAUUAGGGUCAACCCCACUAGAGGCUGCAGUUGCUUUGGGCGAAAGCUUGAUUGUAGAGCUCUUACUGGCUAACCAAGCCCCUACAGAGCGGUUAGACCCAUCCUCGUGGGGUCCGAUCCACCUAGCGGCCGGAAGUGGGGAUGUUGACAUUUUGAGGCUACUUUUAGUCAAAGGAGUCAACGUCGAUGCGGUUACAAAAGAUGGCAACACACCUUUACACUUAGCAGUGGAGGAAAGGAAGCGGGAUUGUGCCCGACUACUACUAUCCAGUGGUGCACGAACCGAUAUUAGGAACUCAAGUGAAGACGAGACGCCAUUGCAUAUUGCCGCGGCUCUAGGGGAUGAAAACAUGGUAAAGCUUCUAAUUCAAAAAGGUGCUAACAAAAACAUUCAAAACCGAGACAAGAAAACCGCAUACGAUAUUGCAGCCGAACAUGGACACGCACGACUAUUUGAUGCACUCGGGCUAGCUGAUACAUUAUGCGUAGCUGCAAGAAAAGGUGACAUCAGAACCAUCAAUAGACUUCUUGAAAGUGGAGUCACCAUCAACGGGACAGACCAACACGGAUGGACUAUUUUACACCGAGCUUCAUUCAAGGGUUGGGCAGACAUAGUCGAAAUUCUUAUCAAGAAAGGGAUAGAUAUCGACACAAGAGAUGAAGAUGGCUACACUGCUCUUCAUUGUGCUGUGGAAUCGGGUCAAGUUGAUGUUGUUGAACUACUGUUAAAACAAGAUGCAGAUGUCAAUGCAAAAACCAAUAAGGGUAUUACUGCAAUGCAAAUCGCGGAAUCAUUAAAAUACACUAGAAUCGCUAGAGUUUUAUCCCAUGGAAAUGUAAACAAGGAUGAAUCCAAAUAUUAUAGUAAAAUUGGUAAUAGAUAUGGCAACGGAAAAGGGCCACUGAAAAAGAGGUCGACUCGGGCUCGAGCCAUUCUUAAUAGCUUUGAUCAAUCAGCUGCACCGUUGACCGUGAACUAAUUAACUGAUUACAUUCGCUGGC